AGAUUUUGUGGCCGGAGGAGGAGCCGUCGCGGGCAGCCGCCUCACAGCGAUGGCGGCCGAGCAGGGCCGGCGGCGGUGGCGGCUGCGGCUGCGGCCGGAGACGGCGACGGUGGCGGCGGGUGGCGGGGGCUUAUAACCGGGAGCCGCCCCCGGGCCCCGGGCACCAUGAGCCAGGGCCCCCCCGCAGCGGAGAGCAGUGAGCCCGAGGCCAAGGUCCUGCAUACUAAGCGGCUUUACCGGGCAGUGGUGGAGGCUGUGCAUCGACUUGACCUCAUCCUUUGCAACAAAACUGCUUACCAAGAAGUGUUCAAACCAGAGAACAUUAGCCUAAGGAACAAGCUUCGUGAACUCUGUGUCAAGCUUAUGUUCCUGCAUCCAGUGGAUUAUGGGAGGAAAGCAGAGGAGCUACUGUGGAGGAAGGUGUACUAUGAGGUUAUCCAGCUUAUCAAGACCAACAAAAAGCACAUCCACAGCCGGAGCACCUUGGAAUGUGCCUACAGGACACACCUGGUUGCUGGUAUUGGCUUCUACCAGCAUCUCCUCCUCUACAUCCAGUCCCACUACCAGCUUGAACUGCAAUGCUGCAUUGACUGGACUCAUGUCACCGACCCUCUAAUAGGUUGCAAGAAGCCAGUAUCUGCCUCAGGGAAAGAGAUGGACUGGGCUCAGAUGGCUUGCCACCGAUGUCUGGUGUAUCUGGGAGAUUUGUCCCGAUAUCAGAACGAAUUAGCCGGUGUGGACACAGAGCAAUUGGCUGAGAGAUUCUACUAUCAAGCCUUGUCAGUGGCUCCCCAGAUAGGUAUGCCCUUCAACCAGCUGGGUACCCUGGCAGGCAGCAAGUAUUAUAAUGUAGAAGCCAUGUACUGCUAUCUGAGGUGCAUCCAGUCAGAAGUGUCCUUUGAAGGGGCUUAUGGGAACCUCAAACGGCUGUAUGACAAGGCAGCCAAAAUGUACCACCAGCUGAAGAAAUGUGAGACUCGAAAACUGUCUCCUAGCAAGAAGCGGUGUAAGGACAUCAAGAGGCUGCUGGUGAGCUUCAUGUACCUGCAGAGUCUUCUGCAGCCCAAGAGCAGCACCCUGGACUCAGAGCUGACAUCACUCUGCCAGUCAGUCUUGGAGGACUUCAACCUUUGUCUCUUCUACCUGCCCUCUUCACCCAACCUCAGUCUGGCUAGUGAGGAUGAGGAGGAAUAUGAAAAUGGCUAUUCUUUUCUCCCUGAUCUUCUCAUCUUCCGAAUGGUCAUCAUUUGCCUCAUGAGUGUUCACAGCUUAAAGAGAGCAGGAUCAAAGCAGUACAGUGCUGCCAUUGCCUUCACCCUGGCUUUCUUCUCCCAUCUUAUCAACCACGUCAAUAUCCGACUACAGGCAGAAUUGGAAGAGGGAGAGAACCCUGUGCCAGCAUUUCAGAGUGAUGGGACAGAUGAGCCUGAGCCCAAAGAACCACUGGAGAAGGAAGUAGAACCAGAGCCAGAGCCUCCUCCCCCAGCACCAAGAGUGAAUGAGGCCAAGAAGAGUCGUAAAUUCUCUCGCCUGUCUUGCCUUCGUCGGCGCCGCCACCAUCCACCCAAGGCUGGUGAUGACAGUGACCUGAGUGAAGGCUUUGACUCUGAUUCAAGCCACGACUCAAUCCGGGCCAGUGAAGGUUCAGACAGUGGCUCAGAUAAGAGUGAUGAAGGUGGGGGUACAGCUUUUGAUGCAGAGACAGACUCAGAGAUGAACAGCCAAGAGUCACGCUCAGACCUGGAGGACAUGGAAGAUGAGGAAGGAACACGGCCUAUGGCCCCAGACCCUCCUCGGACCAGGCCAGAAGCUUCUGACCCCUCCAAUGGCCCCUUGGGUCCAAAUGAGGCCAGUAUUGCCAGUAAUCUGCAAGCCAUGUCCACUCAGAUGUUCCAAACCAAACGCUGCUUCCGAUUGGCCCCUACCUUCAGUAACAUCCUUCUUCAGCCUUCUACUGAAACUCGGACCACUGCUGGUAACAGGGCCUGCAUCAAUGGGGACCUGGACAAACCUGAACCAGCAUCUGAUGAUGGAUCUGAGUCAGAGGAGAGUGUAUCCAGUGGACGCUCCUGUCACAAUGAGAGGAGCAUCCAAGAGAAACUUCGAAUCCUGAUGGCAGAGGGACUUCUUCCUGCUGUAAAAGUCUUCCUGGAUUGGCUUCGGACCAACACUGACCUCAUCAUCAUGUGUGCACAGAGCUCCCAAAGCCUAUGGAAUCGCCUCUCUGUGUUACUGAAUCUUUUGCCAGCUGCUGGAGAACUCCAGGAGCCAGGCCUGGUCCUGUGUCCUGAGGUACAGGAUCUCCUUCUGGGCUGUGAACGACCUGACCUUCCCACUUCCCUGCUGCUCCCAGAGGACACAGCUCUCCGAAACCUACCCCCACUCCGAGCUGCCCAUAAACGCUUUAAUUUUGAGCUGGAUCGACCCUUGCUCAGUCCUAUGGAGGAGUCUGUCGUUCGAAUCUGCUGCAUCCGUAGCUUUGGCCACUUCAUUACCCGUCUACAAGGGAGCAUCCUGCAGUUCAACUCUGAGGUUGGCAUCUUUAUCAGCAUUGCUCAGGCUGAGCAAGACAAUCUGUUGCAGCAAGCCCAGGCCCAGUUCAGGAUGGCCCAGGAAGAGGCCCGGAGGAAUCGACUUAUGAGAGACAUGGCUCAACUUCGACUGCAGCUCGAGGUGUCCCAGCUGGAGGGGAGUUUGCAGCAGCCCAAGGCUCAGUCGGCGAUGUCCCCAUAUCUUGUCCCUGACACUCAGGCUCUCUGCCAGCACCUCCCCAUCAUCCGCCAGCUGGCCACCAGUGGCAGGUUCAUUGUCAUCAUCCCUAGGACAGUGAUUGAUGGUUUAGACUUGCUAAAGAAGGAACAUCCAGGAGCCAGGGAUGGGAUCCGAUACCUGGAAGCAGAGUUUAAAAAAGGAAACAGGUACAUUCGCUGCCAGAAAGAGUUGGGGAAGAGUUUUGAGCGGCAUAAACUGAAGAGGCAGGAUGUAGAUGCCUGGACCCUCUAUAAGAUCCUGGACAGUUGCAAACAACUGACUCUGGCGCAGGGAAUUGGAGAGGAUGACCCUAGUGGCAUGGUGACCAUCGUCACUGGUCUUCAAAUGGAUAAUCCCAGUGCUUUCUCCAGCUCCAUGCAGGAGGAUGACUUCUCCAAUCCAAGUCAGGUCCUUUAGUAGAUAAUGACACAGUGAGAGAAUUGAGACAAAUAAAAUUUAGAGCUAGAAAAAGGAAGUCCCAGAGAGGUGAGUGACUGUCCACAGUUAAUGAGUGGCAGAGUCAGGAUCUAGACACAUUUGAUUCCCAAGCCCAUUCUCCGGAUCCAGCUGGUGGUGCCACGGCAAACAGAGUGUGGGCCUGUUCUGCCUGACCUUGUGACUCUGGGCAAGUCACUUCCCCUCUUGUAGGCUAUAGAAUAGGAAUAUUAAGUGCACCUACCUGUCCUGGUUGCUGGGAGGAUCAAAUGAGAUCUUUACUAUAAAGUCCUUUGUUAGCCUUAGAGCACUAAGUAAAUGUUAGCUGUUAUUUCAGCUAUUCCAAAAAAAGGUCUGGGAUUUUUUCUGGUUGCAGAUGAUUAAUGCUCUCAUUUGGGAUCAUCUACCUAGUUGGGUUUCUGAGAGAUCCAUUACCCCAUUUCCCUUUUCACCUUUGUCCUCUGGCCCAUUUACCUGUUGACCCCCCUGUAACUGUGCACACAAAAAGCAAAGUUCCACAGCUUUUUGCCUGUGACACCUGCACCCCUCCACCUCUCCUCACCUUGCAGGCAGCAAUUCAAGCAGCCACCCAUGCCAGUGUCGAGAUCAAGAAUGUGCUGGACUUCUACAAGCAGUGGAAAGAGAUUGGCUGAGACUUCCCCCCACACCCCACACUGGGGUUGACUCCAAUCUCUCCUCCCUUCGCCUGCAUCCGGGGCCACCAACUGCAACCAUUCCCCCAACAUACUGACACACAUACAGACACACACACACAAACACACACACACAUAGACACAGUCCCUCCCCGGUCAUGCAGAGAGGCAACAGGGAGGGCAAAGGAGGGGGCUAAGAGGAUGGGGUCCCCUCCCCCCGCCUAACCUGUGUCCGAAAAGAAGGGAAAGAAACCUUGGAGCAGGAGAGUGCCUCCGGUUCCUUUUAAUCCUUCUCGUUUUAUUUUGCUCCAAUCCGGGAAGGUCUUGGCACCCUCGACUACCCCAGCCCCCCAUUGUCACCCUCAGGGGGGAAGCUACAGGCAAAGGGGAUUGUAUUUCAUUUGAUUCAAAAGCAGGAGCCGUUUGAGGAGCAUUUCCUGGACCUUUUGCAAGGAGGGGACACCAGAGGGCCCCUCUCCUUCCUUACCCAAGAUCCAGGGUAGAGGGGGGAGGAGUGGAUGACUCAGCCCCCACCCCCACCCCCCAGAGGUGGUGAGUUGGUUUGAGGUGGGUGUCUGGGAGGUUGUCCCCUUUCUAGUCCCUAUUCUCCUUCCCUCCAUAACCCUGAGUCGGGGUGGAGGAGCAAAGCAGCUUAGGAGCUAAAGAGAGGCCUACAGGGAAGGCAGAAAUGGACUCCUGCUCCUUCAGGCAGGGUAUUCAAGACUGGCCUCGAUUCCAGUAUUACUGCUCUAACUCCACUCCUGCCUGCUUUGUGUUCCACCGGAACCUGGGCCCCCACUUCUGCUUUUUUGGCUCUCCCCAUAGCUGCUAGGGCAGGAAACUGGAGGCAUCUCCAGGAGCCAUGGGCUGUGUCUGACUCAACCUGAGUAGGGUUUCCUGUUCCAGCCUCAGCCAUCUUUCUGUAACCUUUUGGCUGCUGUGUUGUGAUGGAGCUGGGAGUGAUGGGGGGAAGUAGUGGCUUCAGUGGCACCAGAGAUUGUGGGAAGGGGUUACUUCUGUCAGACUCAGUCUCGGGCUUCCCCAGCUGAGGAUUGCAGGGAAGUUAACCUGCAAAUGUGACAAAAUUAGGGGAAGGAGAGACCCAGGAAUACCUGGUGGUUAGAGACUGGGUGGGUGGGGAUAAAGAAAGCCCAGAGAGGCUCCCCAGCUAUCCCUGCCCCUCUCCCCUCCCCAUUCUCUCUUCAGGCUCUGACCAACAUAGGACUUGUUGGGGAAGGAAGUCAGGAUUUCUGGUUUCUUGGCUGAGCAUGGGUGUCUCAUCUCUCAGCAGGGUAGUUUUGGGGGUGUUGAGAUCAAGAUUGGGGUGGUAGGAGCAAAGAUCAUGGCAAAUGCUCAGGGCAUCGAGGGCAGAUCACGGCAGCAAGAGCACACUGGGACACACUGCCCAGGCAUAUCUUCCUCCCUCCCCCUUCUUCAUUUUCCUCGGGACCCUUUGGCACAUGGCAGUGCCCCUUCCUUCUCAUCCCCUUCCCCCAACUCAGGCAUCUUUGGGGUCUGGGGAGGGUCAGGUAGGCACCCAGAAUAAGGGGCUGAAAGCAGAGAAAGGUCAAGUUGGAUGACUGAAAGGAGAGGAAGAAUUUGUUGCUCCUCCUGCCCCCAACAGAUCCCAACAGCAACUUCCCUGACAAGGUUCCUAGAGGAGCGGCACAGCUGCCCAGCACCUCCGAGAAGCCAAAUCUGGGAGAAUGGGGGCAGGAGUGGGGUGUUCUCUAACCCCCCAGCAAAGACUGUAAGACUGAAACAUCAUUCAAUAAAGUCCUCCUAACCCUGA